AUGCGUUUCUCACACACCAAAACUUCAAUAUUCCCACUCCUAACAUCUUCCCUUCCUCAUAAUAUCACUAAUUCACCAAAAACAGUCACCCUUUUGACUCAUUCACUCCCUCUAUAUAUACACUUCCCCAACUUUGAAACAUCACACAACAAACAAGAAUUGCCCAACAAAUCAAGAAAAGGAAACAUGGAGGUUUUCUAUGCUUCUCUCCUUUGCCUCUUUGUUUCCUUCAUCUUCUUCUCCCUCCACCUCAUCUUCUACAAGACGAAGCCCGCCUCCGGCGCCUUACCCCCGGGGAGAACCGGGUGGCCGGUGAUUGGGGAGAGCCUCGAGUUCCUCUCCACCGGGUGGAAAGGCCACCCAGAGAAGUUUAUCUUUGACCGCAUGGUUAGGUACUCGUCUUAUGUAUUUAAGACCCAUCUUUUAGGCGAGCAGGCUGCAGUUUUCUGCGGUGCUGCUGGCAAUAAGUUCUUGUUUUCAAAUGAGAAUAAGCUCGUCCAAGCGUGGUGGCCUAGCUCCGUCGACAAGAUCUUCCCUUCCUCCACUCAAACUUCUUCCAAGGAAGAAGCCAUCAAAAUGAGGAAAAUGCUUCCCAACUUCCUCAAGCCGGAAGCUCUCCACCGGUACGUCGGGAUCAUGGACCAUAUAGCACGCCGGCACUUUGCCGACGGGUGGGAGAACAAGGAAGAAGUGGUGGUGUUCCCUCUAGCCAAGAACUAUACGUUCUGGCUCGCCUGUCGGCUCUUUGUCAGCAUCGAGGAUCCUCAACAGGUCGACAAAUUCGCCGAGCCUUUCAACCUUUUGGCCUCCGGUCUGAUCUCCAUCCCCAUAGACUUGCCCGGAACCCCUUUCAACAAGGGCAUCAAGGCCUCCAACUACAUCAGAAAAGAGCUUGUAUCGAUCAUCAAACAACGGAAAGUCGACUUGGCUGAGGGGAAAGCAUCGCCAACUCAAGAUAUAUUGUCCCACAUGCUUCUAACAAGCGACGAAAACGGGAAAUUCAUGCAUGAAUUGGACAUUGCUGAUAAGAUCCUGGGCUUGCUCAUUGGAGGCCAUGACACUGCUAGCUCUGCUUGCACUUUCAUCGUCAAGUACCUGGCUGAACUGCCUGAAAUCUACGACGGAGUUUACAAAGAACAAAUGGAGAUUGCGAAAUCAAAAGGUCCAGGAGAGUUGCUGAACUGGGAUGACCUACAAAAGAUGAAAUAUUCAUGGAACGUUGCCUGUGAAGUACUGAGACUUGCACCGCCCCUCCAGGGAGCUUUCAGAGAAGCCAUUGCUGAUUUUUCUUACAACGGUUUCUCCAUUCCAAAAGGCUGGAAGCUAUACUGGAGUGCAAACUCAACACACAAGAAUCCGGAAUGUUUCCCAGAGCCCCAGAAGUUCGACCCAUCAAGGUUUGAAGGAUCCGGGCCGGCUCCAUACACGUUCGUGCCAUUCGGAGGCGGGCCAAGGAUGUGCCCGGGAAAGGAGUACGCCCGCCUGGAAAUACUGGUGUUCAUGCACCACCUGGUGAAGAGGUUCAGGUGGGAGAAAACUAUGCCUGAUGAGAAGAUAGUGGUUGAUCCUAUGCCUAUUCCUGCUAAGGGUCUACCAGUUCGUCUCUACCCUCACACACCUUAACUCAACCCACAUUAAUUAAUUAAACUCCAUUAAUAAUUAAGCUGCUUAAUCAAGAUUCCAGGCUUUAAAUUUCUCUCUCUCUCUCUCUCUCUCUACAUACAUAUAUAUAUAUAUAUAUAUACUUGUAUAUAUAUUAUUAGCCAUGUUUUGAGUUCUGAAUCUCUCUCUCUAUAUAUAUGCCAAAAUAAGGCUGCUGUAUGCUUAAGCUCUCUCUCUUGAGUAAUUUUCUCUCUUUGUUUUUUGGUGGUUGUUUUGUUGAGGCAUGAUGUUGUAUUUUUACAAUGGUUUUAUUUCAAUGAAGGAAAAAUAAUUGUAGCUGUUCGUAUA